GAGGCAGCAUUUGUACAAACAACUUCACGAGACCACGAAGGCCGUUUCGUGGUAGCCUUACCAACGCGUACUGAAAGGCUUAAUCAACUAGGAGUAUCUCGAUCUAGGACACAUGGAAGAAAUUCCAUCUGACCGCCAUGACAUUGGAAAGACAUAUUACAUGCCGCAUCAUUGUGUAGUACGACCCGACAGCCUCACGACUAAGCUAAGAGACGUAUUUGAUGCAUCCAGUUCUACUGAUACAGGGGUAUCCCUCAACGAUGCACUGAUGGUGGGACCUUCAGUGCAAGAUGAUCUUUUGUCGUUGUUACUCCGAUUUAGAGUACCCAGAUUUGCGAUUUUGGCUGACAUUGAAAAAAUGUAUCGCCAAAUUUGGGUGAAGGAGUCCGAUCGUCCACUUCAACGCAUCCUGUGGAAAGAAUCUGCUGAUGAUAGAAUUCGCAUCUAUCAGCUGAAAACCGUUACGUACGGCACAGCCUGCGCACCUUACUUGGCCACCCGUUGUCUGCAAGCGUUGGCUAAGGAAGGAGAAACAAGAUAUCCCAGGGCAUCCAAGGUCCUCGAGCAAGAUUUUUACAUGGAUGACAUGAUCACCGGUGUGGAAUCUGUUGAAGAUGGCCGGAUUAUUUGCAGCGAAAUAAAUCAGCUUCUACAAUCGGCAGGAUUUCACCUGCGCAAAUGGGCUUCAAACUCGUCUGAGUUACUGGAGCAAAUACCAGCUGAACUACAAAUCGAGGGAGAUGUUUUGAACAUCGAUCGCAGCACAUCCAUCAAGGCUUUGGGUUUAAGAUGGAUGCCAUCAUCGGACCAGCUAGGGUUUAGUGUGCCUGGUUGGAAGGAAUCAGAAAUCAUCACCAAACGCAUUGCGUUAUCAGACUCAGCUAAGUUGUUCGAUCCUCUUGGACUGUUAGGACCAGUCAUUGUAGUAGCAAAGUGUUUCAUGCAGGAGCUCUGGAAGAACGAAAAUACCUGGGAUGAACCUUUGGAGUCUGAACGGCAACAAUUCUGGUUGCGCUUCAGAGAACAACUCGCUGAUCUGACUAGCUUGACAAUUCCACGACGAGCAAUUGGUGGAACAGUGCGAAUUGAAGCUCACGGAUUUAGUGAUGCUUCCCUACGGGCUUAUGGCGCCUGUAUCUACAUACGAGCAGAAUCGUCCGAUGGCCAAGUCUCAGUACGGUUGUUAUGUGCUAAGUCAAAGGUGGCACCGAUACCUAAUACCAAACGGAAGAAAAACGUGUCCCUUCCACGGCUCGAGUUGUCGGGAGCGUUGUUACUAUCACACUUAUGGCAGAAGGUGAAGCAAGGGGUGAAAUUGGAGCUUAAAAUCAACUUCUGGGUUGAUUCAACGAUAGUUCUUCAUUGGCUUUCAAGCAGUCCUUCCCGUUGGAAACAGUUCGUUGCGAACCGAGUUGCGGAAAUCCAGCACCAAACCUACAAGAUGCCUUGGAGUUAUGUGGCCAGCGAGCACAAUCCAGCUGACAUUAUUUCCAGGGGAAUGAUGCCUUUGCAGCUCAUGGAUUCCCAACUUUGGUGGCAAGGGCCCUCAUGGUUGCAUCUUCCAAGUCAAGCUUGGACUACGAACAAACCCAAUACUGAAAUUUCCUCGAAAGAUUUGGAAGAGCGAUCGAUUGUAGCCACAUCUCAACAGGUACCGCCAAAUUUUCUAUUCGAUCUUUCUUCAUCUUACGAAAAAUUGGUGCGACUUACGGCAUAUCUGCUGCGAUUCAUGUACAAUUGUCAACCGACACACCGCGGAAAUCUACGAAAGGGGUUUCUAAAAAUAGAUGAAUUAGUGUCAGCGUCUCUAACGCUCGUUCGUCUGGCCCAACAAGAAACCUUUGCUGAGGAGCUUCGGGAUGUUCGUCAAACUGGAGCGGUCAAGCCGAACUCAAAACUGAAAACGCUAACACCUAUUCUGAAAGAGGGUAUCUUACGUGUGGGUGGUCGUUUGCGAAACGCGCCUGUUUCGUAUGAACGCAAACAUCCGAUAAUUUUAGCGUUUUCUCACCCAUUGACCCUACUGAUUGCGCGUUCUUAUCAUCGACAAUAUCUGCAUGCGGGACAACAAGAGCUCAUAUCUAGCCUGCGUGAGAGAUUCUGGCCCCUUCGCGUACGCAACCUGGCACGAAAGGUCGUAUAUGAGUGUGUAAGUUGUUUCCGAUCCAAACCAACAACGGCAGAGCAAAUCAUGGGAGAUUUGCCCAGCGAACGCGUAAACCCAGUUCUCCCAUUCUACAACACUGGUGUGGAUCUGUGUGGUCCAUUAUUCUAUAGACAAACCAACAAGAAGGCUGCUCCAAUCAAAUGCUAUGUUGCUGUUUUCGUCUGUCUUGUGAUCAAGGCAGUACAUGUGGAGCUUAUUGCCGAUUUGUCUACUCCAGCCUUCAUUUCUACAUUGAAGCGUUUCAUAGCUCGUCGCGGUAAACCAUCCGUAAUCCAGUGCGACAACGCCAAAAAUUUCCGGGGAGCUGAUCGAGCGCUCAAGGAGAUGUAUGAGCUGUUCCAGAAACAACAACAUCAGGAUGCUGUUACAACUUACUGCGGAACGGAAGGGAUCACCUUCAACUUCAUCCCUCCGCGGUCACCCCAUUUCGGUGGGAUCUGGGAGGCCGCAGUGAAGUCGCUUAAACGGCAUCUCAAGGCGACGAUAGGAUCCAGUAUCUUGCGGCGAGACGACCUGGAAACUAUCUUAGUUCAAGUGGAGGCUUGUUUGAACUCGCGACCGUUAACUGCACUUUCCAACGAUCCAGAGGACCUGGAAAUUCUGACACCGGGUCAUUUUUUGAUUCAACGGGCGCUUACAUCGGUCCCUGAGCCAUCUUAUGCUGAGAUUCCAGGCAACCGCCUGGACCGCUAUCAACAAUUGCAGGAGUAUGUUCGGCGGAUUUGGAAGCGAUGGAAUCGAGACUACUUGUCUGGUUUGCAUCCGCGUACCCGGUGGACUUCAAGGCGAGACAACGUUCGGGAGGGCACUAUGGUCCUGCUGAAGGAGGACAACCUUCCCCCUCUCAAAUGGCGCUUCGGCCGAGUGCUGAAGAUUUAUCCUGGUGAUGACGGCUUGGUUCGAGUGGUUGAUGUGAAAACGAAGGAUGGAAUUUACAGAAGAGCCAUCACCAAGAUCUGCAUACUGCCCGGACAGAAGGAAGAAAGAGAGGUUUCGUAAUAAGGGUUGAAAGCUACCUUUCAACGGGGGGCGGCUAUGUUGAGUAAUGAAUUUGUACGGUAUAAACAUAUGACCUUCUGUCACUUGAAUUUGUUGCUUGGGAAUUGUAUUGAGGGGACGAAUGAAGGAAACAAGGAAUAAAGAAUGAGUCUAGCGCAAGCGUUCAAUCAGUACAGACGUUCCUCUCUCUACCAGUUGAGAAAUUCAAUAACUAAAACAUGCGGCUUUGAAGUCAAUGAAGAGAUGGUAUGUAUCGUGUCUGUACUACGGAACGGUAACAUGUCUCUCAAUUAUCGGAUCUUGUGUAAAUACGGGAAACCCCAACCACUGUCGGGAGGUUCGUGCUUCAUGCAUCAUCUACAAUCUAUCAUGCAUCAAACAGCACGAAUUUAGAGGGUGCCACGGUCUUUUCCAAGAAGCACUUUUGCGCAACGGUUCAAAUGAACUUUGAUAUACCUUGAGUGCCCUGCCUAUGGUUAUCACAUAUGAUUGCAGGAAGCUAAAUAAUUUUAUCUGUAAUAUCGUGUGAAAGAUAUUUCGUAUUAUCAUGCAAUUUUGUAACAAGAUUAAUAAAAA